UUUUUGUUCUUCCUUAGAAAUUUUCUAGAAAAUUUUGAUGACAUAUCAUCCAACUACUUCCUCAAUUUCUCAAAACUUUUCCCCUCCAAUUUUUUGUAUUCAACUUUUAUUUGAACGAAUAUCUUCACCUUGGGAAUCUAAUUUUGAAGGGGUUAAAACAACUUUUGUUCGCUUUUUGCCAUCUUCCUCCCCUUCUUCAUCUUCAAAUUCUUCAAUUCCUUUGUAUCCUCAAAGACAAAUACGUGUUGGAAGUGGCCAUCUAUUUUUUAUUAGAGGAACAACAACUCAAAACGAUGGACCUAUAUGGCUAGAUUUGGAAGCUAAAAGUGGUGGAGAUAAUCAGAAAAUUUGGAAAGGAAGAAUUUCUUUAAUUAAAGAAAAUGAGAAAAUUCUUCCAAUUAUUUGUUCAUUACAACAACAACAACAACAACAAAAUGGCGGAUUAACUUUAGAAGCACAUUUUUUGUUAAAUAUAAGUGAAAUACAAAAGAAAAAUGAUAAACAAAAUUUGAAAAAUAAAACAAUAGAAAAGGAAGCACAAACAGAUUAUUUAAAUAAUGGAGUAAUUGAACGUGGAACUCAAACAAAUAAAGAAUUAGUACCCGAAACAACAAUUCAACAAACAACAGCAACAACCCUUCAACAAACAGAACAUCAAAAAACAAUUCUUAAACAACGGCAAAAAGAUAAAAAAUUAAUUAAGCUACUCCUAAUUCUCUUAUUAAAAGCAAAGAAUGAAAAUGAAAAAAAUAUUGGUAUUUUUGAAAAAAAUUUUAAAAAACCCCUCCCAAUUUUAGAAAAUAAAAACCUUCAAAAAAUAUCCAAAACAACAAAUACCGAAUGUUCUUUACCACCUUAUAGCGAUAAUUUAUUUAAUAAAUUAAUAAAGAUUAAUAAAAUUAAACGAGGACAUUUUCGAGCUCAAAUAGCCUAUCUUUCUUCUGUACACAAAACAAUAGUUGAAGAUAAAAAGGUUUUGAAUUUUGAAAGAAGAGGAGAUGAAAAGAAGAAAAUUAACAAAAAUAAACUUCAAACAACAAUAAACUUAAAUUUAAAAAGUAUUCAAAAACAACCAAAAAUUAAUAAAAAAGUUGAAGAAUCCCUUCCAUCAUCUGGAUUACAAUCUAUAGCUUUUAGUAGUCCAAACUCAUCAGAAGAAGGAAAUAAUGAAAGAAAUUUAAUUAUUGGAAGAAGAUUGAAGGUAAAAGAAAAUAACAAAGAUUUAAAAAUAGAAAAAAGAAGAAUGAAGGAAGAAUUAAUUAAAGAAGAGAUUCUUAAUUUAAAUAAUUAUUCAACUAAAAUUCAUAAGGAAAACCAAAAUUCACCCCCAAAAUCUUCAACCAAAUCUUCACCACAAAUUAGGCAACAAAAAAUACCUGAAGAAAAUAUACGCAGUAAUUCAAAAAGUUCUUCAAAAAAAUCAUCGACAACAUCUUCUUCAACAAAAUCUAAUAGUAAAAAUCUAGUCAUUGAUGCUGCUUCUAUAUUAUCUUCAAUUAAAAAUUCUUCCUCAUCUUCUAAAUCCUCAAAAUCUUCCACAAAAUCAUCCUCAACAAAUACAACAACAAAAAAUAAAAUAUCUGAUGAAGAAGAAAGUACUUCUACUGUUACUAGUAAACAAAAUACUGAAAGUUCAACAACAAAAACAAAAACUGAAAGUAGUAUAACAACAAAGAAAAGUAGUAAAAGAAGUUCUUCAAUUUCUGGGGGUGAGGAAUAAAACAAUAUUAAAGACAAAGUCCCCUUUGGUGUAGUGGGAAAAGUUUAAAAUUUCCUAUACACAAGGUCAAGGGUUCGAACCCGGUUGGUGUAAAAUAAUUUUUUAUUAAAUAUAAGCUCGACUACAUGCUCAAAAAACCCCUCUCGCCUCAUUAUUGAACUUUAAAAUUAAAAAAACAAACUUUCAUCCCAUUCCAAAAGGUGUUGGCUCUUCUUCAGUAAGCACAGAUUCAUCUGUUCCAGUAGAGAUUGUUGGUGCACAAAAUUCCAAAAGCUCCUCACAAACAUCUGGUUCAAUUAUUGAUUCUGACAGAACAUUAAAAGAAGAAUCCUCUCCGUCUUCUAAAGAAAUUCUAAAAAAUUCAAAAAGACAAGUUCUUAGAGAGUUAUAAAUUAUUGAAUGGUUAUAAAUUUACCAGAUUUAUAAUUAAAAAUUAACAAAAAUAUUAAAAUAUUUAUCCAAUACAUAUAUACCCAAUAAUUGCAUCAUGCAUUUAAGAAAGAAAAAAGAUAUAUUUACAAAAUUUGGAAAAAAGACAAUCAAAACAGCAAAGUUUGGAUUUUUUAAAAAUUCUCAAAUAAGGUUGGUCUUGGUAUCCAAAAAAUUUCAGUUCGGACAUGG